UCCAUUAUCCAAAGCUGGGUCCUGGCAGUGCAUGCAGGGUUGGAUGCACCUGGCACCCAAUGGGACUGUGCCAGUGGAUGCUAGUGGGUCCCCUAGGGACCCUUCCUGAAGGGAAGAGCUGGGCAGCUCCAUGGGGAGGAGGCCAGGAGCAGACUGGGGGGGUUCAGGAGUGGAGGGUACCCCCUGCUUCAGCACUCAUCUCCCCUUUGCUGUUUUGCAGGGUGUUUAAGAAAGCCAGUCCUAACGGGAAGCUCACUGUCUACCUUGGGAAGAGGGAUUUCGUGGACCACAUCGACGUGGUGGACCCCGUGGAUGGAGUAGUACUGGUGGAUCCUGAAUACCUGAAGGAGAGAAAAGUCUUUGUGACACUGACCUGCGCCUUCCGCUAUGGCCGUGAGGACCUGGAUGUCCUGGGGCUGACGUUCCGCAAGGACCUGUUCGUGGCCAACUCCCAGGCUUUCCCCCCGGUCCCCGAGGACAAAAAGCCUCUGACACGGCUGCAGGAGAGGCUCAUCAAGAAGCUGGGCGAGCACGCCUACCCCUUCACCUUCGAGAUCCCCCCCAACUUGCCUUGCUCCGUCACACUGCAGCCAGGCCCAGAGGACACGGGGAAGGCCUGUGGGGUGGACUAUGAGGUCAAAGCUUUCUGUGCCGAGAACCUGGAGGAGAAGAUCCACAAGAGGAACUCUGUGCGCUUGGUGAUCCGUAAGGUCCAGUAUGCACCAGAGAGACCCGGCCCCCAGCCCAUGGCAGAGACCACCCGGCAGUUCCUCAUGUCAGACAAGCCGCUGCACCUUGAGGCAUCCCUGGACAAGGAGAUCUACUACCACGGGGAGCCCAUCAGUGUCAACGUGCAUGUCACCAACAACACCAACAAGACCGUGAAGAAAAUCAAGAUCUCAGUGCGCCAGUAUGCCGACAUCUGCCUCUUCAACACUGCCCAGUACAAGUGCCCAGUGGCUGUGGAGGAUGCUGAUGACAUGGUGGCCCCGAGCUCGACGUUCUGCAAAGUCUACACCCUGACCCCCUUCCUUGCCAACAACCGGGAGAAGCGGGGGCUGGCGCUGGACGGGAAGCUCAAGCACGAGGACACCAACCUGGCCUCCAGCACGCUGUUAAGAGAUGGAGCCAACAAGGAGAUCCUGGGCAUCAUUGUCUCCUACAAGGUGAAGGUGAAGCUGGUGGUGUCACGAGGAGGCCUGCUGGGAGACCUCGCCUCCAGUGACGUUGCAGUGGAGCUGCCCUUCACGCUGAUGCAUCCCAAACCCAGGGAGGAACCAGUACACCGGGACAUUCCAGAAAAUGAAGCGCCCAUAGAUACAAAUCUGAUAGAGCUCGAUACAAACGAUGAUGACAUUGUGUUUGAAGACUUCGCCCGCCAGCGACUGAAAGGCAUGAAGGAUGACAAGGAAGAUGAGGAGGAGAGGACAAAUUCCCCGCAGCUCAAUGACAGUGGGAGCCUACGAAUCGCCUGAUGGCCACAGGACCUAUAACCGUCCAGCUGUGCCGUGUUGUCUCUUCAUCCAGCUGCCAGAGCUGCUGUUUCCCGUGCAGGGCACGGCCAGGGGGGUGCUGGAGGCAGUGGGACUCACUAUAACCCCAUUCCUGUCCAGCCUCCUGCCACUUAAGAGAGCCCUUUCCUAUGAGCUGCCUCUUUUAUGAGUUUUAUAUAAGCCCAGUCUCAAUCAACACCAGUUUGCUAUGGAGAGGGGGGUUGCAGCAGAAUGAGGGGGGAGGUGGGGUGGUAUUUUUUUUAGGCAGCCUUCUCAUGGGAAAAGGCACCUGUGCACCUCGGUGUCCUCUCCUUUCACCCAUGGCCAGUCCCCCUCUGUCCAGCCCUGCUGCAUGUGUUCCCUCCCUGGGAUGCACGAGCCUGGCUUUGACUUUGGCCCCUGCCCCAGCUGCUCCAAACAAAGGGGGUGGGCAGCAGUCGCCCUUCUCUUCCCCCAGGUCCCCCCCAAGUGGCCAACCCCAGGGGUCCUUCCAGCUACAUGUGUUUUCACACCAGAAUAAUCUCUUCCUGCUGGAGGAAACCAGCUCAGAGCUGGGAGCUGCUAGGCCCAGGUGAAGGCGGCAGAGGGGACCCUGUGGGUCUGUGCCCUCGGCCACGCGCUGCUCGCUCUGGGAGAGGCCUCAAAUGCCUCUUCACAGCCAUGGCAGUGUUGCGGUGGAAUAGCCUUGACCCCAGCGGGAUGUUGCCAGGGAUGCUUCUAUCCUGCCAAGCCCUCCUGGUUGAUGUUUCGCUCUGCCUGCAUGGGAUCUAGCACCUGUUUGGGGGUGGGGGAAAAGCAGGGUGUUUGCCACCCUAAUCAGUGUUUCAACAGAUGCUUGUACCUCCCGGAUUGGUGGUGUCUGGACCCCCUCCCUCCUCCAAAGGUCUCUGGUCUCCCACCACUCACUGAGAGGCAAUUCCCACUAUUUAUUGUGCUGUUGCAGUUAGCGUUGUCAUCUGAGAGCAUUUCAUGGGGAUAGCUCCAUCCCCCUGACCCGGUUUGUGGGGUGCUGAGCUGAGCCCACCCUCCCUCCCCCAUAAUUUUUGGGUAAAGCUGAUGGGCAGCGUGGUACUUCUUUUUGUAAAGUGGUUCCUUUGUACUGAUCAUUGAUACCUGCUGCUUUGGUUUCUCCACCCUGUCUGUGAUGUUUCUGUGUUCUGUCAAAUAAAUUAUUCUA